AUGACAGUGGGAGAGUAUAUUCGUAAGUUUGAACAACUAUCUAGGUUUGCUACCCACAUGGUUAAUAUUGAGGUACUAAAGAUAGAAAGAUUUCUUGAGGGGCUAAGACCAGAACUAUAUAGAGAUGGCAAACGUCCAAGGAUAGAUCAAGGAAAAGCCUCAACAGCACAACCAUCUUGUCCCAAAUGUGGUGGACAGCAUACUAGAGCAUGUCCUAUAGAGACUAGAACAUGUUAUGUUUGUGGAAAGGUGGGACAUCUUGCUAUAGCAUGCCCAGGUAAUCCAAACCCUAUGGAGCAAAAGAAAGUGCCAGCUAGGGUGUUUACCAGAUCAAAUGCUGAGACAAAUCCAUCAGUGGUAACAGGUAAAUUCUCUAUUUUUGGCACCACAGCACUUGUAUUAUUUGAUUCUGGAGCCACACAUUCAUUUAUGUCUAUUGAGUAUGUGAGGAGGUUGGGUAGGACACCUGAUAGACAAGAGUCAGUGACCUUUCAACCUUUGGGGAAUGAGCCAUUUACAUUCAUUGGGUUCAAAAAAGGUUUUAGAGUUCUAACCAUAUCGGUAUUGAAAGCACAAAGGUUACUAGAUAGUGGGUGUGUAGGGUAUUUGGUGAGUGUUAAUGCUAUUGAAGCACAACACAAUCCGAAUCUUAGUGAUGUGCGAGUGGCACAAGAAUUUCCAGAGGUAUUUCUUGAUGAUUUACUAGGGGUACCACCAGAUCAUGAGAUAGAGUUUGUAAUUGAUUUAAUUCCAAGAACAUCUCCAAUUUCCAAGGCUCCAUAUAGAAGGGCCCCAACUGAACUGAAAGAGUUGAAGUUACAAUUACAUGAGUUGUUAGAUAAAGGUUUUAUUAGACCUAGCUUUUCACUAUAA